AUGUCCAUCAUCCUGAGGUCUCAUCUCAUUCAACAACACAAAGUCCACACUGGAGAAAAGCUGCAUGAGUGUCCUGAUUGCAGGAAGCCCUUCAAUCAAAGUAGUAUCAUCACUCCACACCGGAGAGUUCACACUGGUGAAAAACCGUAUGAGUGUAGUGCAUGUGGGAAAUCUUUUAAUCACAAUAAUCACCUCCUUACCCACAGGAGAGUUCACACUGAAGAAAAGCCCUAAGAGUGUAGUGAUUGUGGAAGGUCCUUUAGUGAAAGCAUUGCUCUCAUUAAACACAACAGAGUUCACACUGGAGAAAAGCCAUAUGAGUGUAGUGAAUGUGGGAAGUCCUUCAGUAAAAGGUCUGACCUCACUAUACACCACAGAGUUCACACUGGAGAAAAGCCAUAUGAGUGUAGUGAAUGUGGGAAGUCCUUCAGUCAAAGGUCUGACUUCACUAGACACCACAGAGUUCACACUGGGGAAAAGCCAUAUGAGUGUAGUGAAUGUGGGAAGCAUUUUAAUCAAAGGUGUUACCUCACUAUACACCACAGAGUUCACACUGGAGAGAAGCCAUAUGAGUGUAGUGAAUGUGGGCAGUCCUUCAGUCAAAGGUGUCACCUCACUGUACACCACAGAGUUCACACUGGAGAAAAGCCAUAUGAGUGUAGUGAAUGUGGGCAGUCCUUCAGUCAAAGGUGUCACCUCACUAUACACCACAAAGUUCACACUGGAGAAAAGCCAUAUAAGUGUAGUCAAUGUGAGAAGCAUUUCAGUGAAAGGGCUGCCCUCACUAGACACUACAGACUUCACACUGGAGAAAAGCCAUAUGAGUGUACUGAUUGUGGGAAAUCCUUCAGUCGAAGGUCUUACCUCACUCUACACCACAGAGUUCACACUGGAGAAAAGCCAUAUGAGUGUAGUGAAUGUGGGAAGCAUUUCAGUGAAAGGGUUGCCCUCACUAGACACCACAGAGUUCACACUGGAGAAAAGCCAUAUAAGUGUAGUGAAUGUGAGAAGCAUUUCAGUGAAAGGGCUGCCCUCACUAGACACCACAGAGUUCACACUGGAGAAAAGCCAUAUGAGUGUACUGAUUGUGGGAAAUCCUUCAGUAGAAGGUCUUACCUCACUCUACACCACAGAGUUCACACUGGAGAAAAACCAUAUGAGUUUAGUGAAUGUGGGAAGCAUUUCAGUGAAAGGGUUGCCCUCACUAGACACCACAGAGUUCACACUGGAGAAAAACCAUAA